AUGAAAUUCCUAUUUUAUUCUUGUACUGGAAAAUUUCAAAAAAUUCGUUCUACUUCUACCAACUCCAAUUCUAUCACCAAACAACUUCUCAACAGUGAAUGUCUUCAACUUGUAUUUCAAUUUUUACCCGUAAAUGAUCGUGCACUUUAUUCUUGUUUAUUUGUUAAUAAAUUCUGGAGUAAAAAUGUUAUCUUUAUAUUAUGGAGUCAUCCCUUUCGAAAUAACUUUUCAUCUUAUUAUUAUCGUUAUCUUUCAAAUAAUGCAAAUAAUUUAGAUAAUUUAAAUAACUCAAAUAAUGCAAACAAUUUAGAUAAUACUCUCGCUGAAAAUUACGAAAAUAAAUAUUUUGAAUUUACGGAUAUUCCUGAAGUUAUGGUCUUUUCUCAACCUGGAUGUUUAUCAAGAAUAGAAAAUUUUGAAAUUAAUUUUCAUCCAACUCCAAAUAUUCUUCAAUUAUUAAAAACUUUACCUUCCAUCUGUACAAAUAUUAAAAAUCUUUACGUCAGAUUUCCCAAAAUUUCAAAAUUUCCUGAAAACGAUAUAAUUAUCUUUAAUAGUUUAAUAAAUAUUAUCAAAUCUCAAAAUAAUUUAAGAGAAUUUCAUUUACUAGGUGUUGAAUCAAUGGAUAUUAUUAGUAAAAUUUUAUUAUCAUUAAAAUCUCAGUCUAAAAGUCUACAUACUUUGGAAUUUAACUCCGUAAAUCUCACUGGAGUUAAUUUUAAAUUCUUAAAUCAAUGUUUGAAUUUGAAAUCUUUACAACUUUGGAAUUAUCAAGGAAUGUUAAUAAAUAACGCUAAAAGUUUCAUGAAUGUAAAUUAUAGAUUAAAAGAUCUUAAAUUAUGGUCUACCCAAAAAUCACCUAAUGCAUCGGCAACUAUAAUUAAACAUCUGGGAAAAACGUUGAAAAUUUUAUGGAUAGAUAUUUUAUCACCGGAAGUAAUUCAUUCUAUUAUAAAUUAUUGUCCAAUAUUGACGGAAAUUAUAAUUUUGGAUUAUUUACCGAAAAAACUUCCAUUACUCUUGAAAUUACUUAAAGAAAUUAAAAUAGAAAAACUUACAAUAUCUCGUGAAACAAGUGUUGAAUUAGGUGUAAUUGAUUUUUCAGGAAAAAAUUUACCAAGUGGAUUGAAAUAUUUAAAAUUAGAUUGUGGAAUUAGUGUUGAACAAUUAGAAACAUUAUUAUUAACUUUGAUUUUGAAUUAUUUUAAAAUUGAAAUUGGACAUUUACGUGUGAUCACGAAAUUUGUAAAUUUAACAAAAAAUUUAAAAGUUUUUGGUGUUGGAGGAAAGAAUGAAUAUACUCCAAGGGAAAUGAAUGAAUUGGAAACAUUACAAAAAGAUUAUAGAAUUUACGUGAUUCCUUUUAAUGAAAUUGAUAAUUGGUAA